GUCUAUUGAUCGACCCGAUAAAAAAAGCUUAUAUAAGUUCUUACUGGACCAAGGCCAGCAAAAGUCGAUAACGGUCAAGUGCUUGUGUACGUACGUAUCUGUUGCUUGCUCUACGCCUGUAUCUGUAUCAUAGGGGCCGGGGACCAUCACACUAGUAUUAGCAGCCAUUGUAUAUCUGAGCAUUUAAGCAGGUGUAUCGAGCUCUGGUUUUUGUCCUUUGAUGAUGGCGUUUUCGACAUUGCGAGCCGGGCGGGUUCUGUCAGGCCGAGGUGGGCAACUCCUGGAAGGCUUCAGCCGAGCCCGAGGUACUCAUGUGAGGUCUUCAGCUGCUAUUGAAAAGCUACUGCCUGAGGAAUAUGAUGGCCCUCUGCUUCAAACCGAAGUACCAGGACCCAAAACGCAGCAACUGAUGAAAGAACUGCAUGCUAUAAACAAGAAUGCCGGCAACGUGCAGCUCUUCAUUGACUACGAGAGAUCCCACGGCAACUACGUGGUGGAUAUGGACGGCAAUCGAUUGCUGGACACAUUUGCCCAGAUCUCCUCCAUACCCAUCGGUUACAACCACCCAGCUAUUGUUGAUGUCAUAAAGGACCCUUCCAACUUGGUUCACCUUGUUAACAGGCCAGCACUGGGCGUGUUCCCUGGGGCAGACUUUGCCAGCAAACUAUCAGAAAUCUUGAUGUCGGUUGCCCCCAAAGGAUUGAAUGGCGUGCAGACCAUGAUGUGUGGCACAUGCAGCAAUGAGAACGCUAUCAAGCAGGCUCUGAUUUGGUACCGGACCCAGAAAAGGGGAGGACCGCCCACCCAGGAGGAACUGGGGUCAUGCAACACUGGCCAGGAACCAGGCUGCCCUCCGUACACCGUACUAUCCUUUGAUGGAGCUUUCCAUGGACGAACCCUCGGCUGCCUGACUCUGACCCAUUCCAAGCCGAUGUUCCGUGUGGACAUCCCCACUAUGAAUAACUGGCCGGUGGCCCCCUUCCCAAGGCUGAAGUACCCCUUGGAGGAGUACACGACCGAGAAUAAAGCUGAGGAAGAAAGGUGUCUCAAAGCGGUGGCAGAAAUUAUGGAGAAAGGUCAGGCAGGGGGCCGUGAUGUGGCAGCUAUGAUCGUUGAGCCCAUCCAAUCAGAGGGGGGAGACCAUCACGCAAGCCCGUACUUCUUCCAGCAGCUGCAGCAGAUCUGUAAACAGUUUGGCACGGUCUUCAUUGUCGACGAGGUUCAGACUGGCUGUUGCACCACGGGACAUUUCUGGGCCAGCGAUUCGUGGAAUCUGCCCGAACCUCCCGACUUCCUGGUCUUCAGCAAGAAGAUGCAGACUGGCGGAUACUACUUCCAGGAUAAGUUCUCCGUGGCUCAGCCGGGUCGAAUCUUCAACACCUGGAUGGGCGAUCCUCCCAGAUUGCUGAUCCUAGGAGCUAUCCUGGACGUCAUCCAGAAGCAGAAUCUGCUUGACGUGGCCAGAGAAUCUGGGGAGGUCUUGAUGGAAGGACUGCGCAGUCUUCAGGAGAAAUACCCAGCGUUGAUAUCUAAAGCCCGGGGCAUGGGCACGUUUGCUGCGUUUGAUGGGAAAGACCCUGAGACAACGGCGGCCAUUGUGCGCAAGAUCAAAAACAAAGGUAUUUUGAUGGGGAUGUGUGGCACGCAGUCAGUCCGUUACCGACCGGCGUUGGUAUUCCAACCACACCACGUGGACAUGGCACUGGAUGCUCUGGACAGCACCCUGGCAGAUAUGAGCGAAUGAUUAUUCUCAGAGCAAUGAAUCGGGAAUCACAAUUGAUUGGUCAGUAUAGUGGUUGUACAAAAAAAAAGCAGCGGAAAUUACAGAAAUGCACAAAGACAAUAGAGCCUGAAAAUAAGAGGUCACGCGGCGAGCUUCCGCAACCCUCGGACAUUUUACACUGGGUUGCUCUUUCUCUUGCUAUAAUUUUUGACAGAAUGAUUUCUAACCGUAAUUACCCCAAGAAACAGUCAUGUUGGAAUUUUAUCUCGAUAUUUGUCAAAAAAA